CGCGAGUCCCCGCGGUGCUGCCGAGCGCGGCCCGGGCGGACCGUGACCGCGCUGUUUGGCUUUUCCAGCCCCGACCGCUGAGGGCGGCGCGUGCGUGGCCGUCGGAGACAUGAACUACGCGCGGUUCGUCACGGCGGCGAGCGCGGCCAGGAAGCCUUCUGCCAUCCGAACCUUGAUUGAUUUAUAUGGCAAGGACUUAAAAUUGGCCAUCUACAUGGGUACUGGAGAACCAAAUCCAAACCUGUUCCCCUUUAAGACAGCUGCCAUCACUGUGGAAGGUGGAAAGACCAUCCAGUUUGGGGAAGAGAUGAUGAAGAGAGCACUUCAGUAUUCUCAAAGUGCUGGAAUUCCAGAGCUUUUGUCCUGGCUAAAACAGUUACAAGUAAAAUUGCAUAAUCCUCCCACCGCCCACUAUCCACCCAGUCAAGGACAAAUGGACAUAUGUGUCACAACUGGCAGCCAAGAAGGAAUUUGUAAGGUGUUUGAAAUGAUCGUUAACCCUGGAGAUAAUAUCCUCAUAAAUGAACCUAUUUAUGCAGGAACACUUAAAGCUCUGCAGCCUCUGGGCUGCAACAUCAUGAACGUUGCCAGUGAUGAACACGGGAUUAUUCCAGACUCCCUCCGAGAAACACUUUCCCGAUGGAAGCCAGAAGAUUCAAGGAACCCCAAGAAAAACACCCCCAAAUUUCUUUAUACUGUCCCAAAUGGCAACAACCCCUCUGGAACCUCAUUGACAAGUGACCGCAAAAAGGAAAUCUAUGAGCUUGCAAGAAAAUAUGAUUUCCUCAUAAUAGAAGAUGAUCCGUACUAUUUUGUCCAGUUUGACAAGCCCUGGGCACCAACAUUUCUUUCCAUGGAUGUUGACGGGCGAGUCAUCAGAGCUGACUCUUUCUCCAAAGUGCUUUCUGCCGGGUUGAGAAUAGGGUUUUUAACUGGUCCAAAACCGCUGAUAGAGAGAGUUGUUCUUCACACACAAGUGUCGACGUUGCACCCCAGCACUUUUAACCAGCUCAUGAUAUCACAGCUUCUACAGCAGUGGGGAGAAGAGGGCUUCCUGGCUCACGUACACAGGGUUAUUGAUUUCUACAGGAACCAGAGAAAUGCAAUAUUGGCAGCUGCAGACAAGUGGUUGGGUGAUUUGGCAGAAUGGCACGUUCCUACUGCUGGAAUGUUUUUAUGGAUUAAAAUUAAAGGCAUUUCUGAUGUAAAACAACUGAUUGAAGAAAAACUCAUUAAGAAAGAGGUGAUAAUGCUUCCUGGAAAUGGCUUCUACAUCGAUAGCUCAGCUCCUAAACCUUACGUGAGAGUGUCCUACUCUUCAGUAUCUGCAGAGCAGAUGGACGUGGCCUUCAAGAUAUUAGCCCAAAUUAUAAAAGAAUCUUUAUGAAAAAAAUCAAACUAAUCACACUGCUCAUGGAUUUUUCCAACAAAUUAUUUCCAUGUUUUAGCAGGAAGAAAUGGUAAUUGGAGUUAGACUUACAGAUUGGAUUUCCUCAAACAUGUCCUGUCUGUAGCAGUUCAACUAGACAAGUGUUAAAGUGCCUCUGAUGAUGUGUUUAUAGAUACGAAGUCUGAUUGAUUUUCAGUCUGCACAAUACUGUUUUUAUCUUCGGUUUUAUUUCAAAGAACCCUGUAGUUGCUUUAUAAUUUCCCUUAAAUUUUCUUUGAUACUAAUAUUUUAUACUACAUUAUUUUGAAAAUUUAAGAAAAUAAUUACGUUCAAACUGGUAUAUAAUGGGUACGUUUUUAUUUUCAGAAAAAUUUAAUGAGACCAAAAUUGUUAUAAUUUGACCAUUAUAAAUGAUUUUUAUUAAGAGUACCAUAGGCAUUAUGUUAUGCCAUAGAAAUCCCUUUAAAAUAAAACUCUGAAGCUAAACAUAC